UCGAUUUACGACCAAAGGUCAUUUCUUUUCAUGGUUGUCAUGUAACAUUCGUGCACAGCUGUCCUUUAAAAACUGAUAUGGGCAACAUGAUAGUUUUAGGCGCCUCUAAACUAUAAAUGUAGUCGUUUUUUCUUUUAUUUUAAGCGUGGGGUUUUAUUUCUACGGUGCUGACGCCAUAUUGUUUCCCCAGAAGCUGACGUCAAACGGCAUAGACAUGGCGUCUAGGUUUUUGAAGUAUUCAGUUCUUCUUCAGAAGUACAGAACUCCACUUCUUAUAGCGAGCUGUGGUGGCAUCUUUGCAGCCAACACGUUUUACCACGUCUUCCCUGAUAUGUCCUACCGACAGCUCUACCAAGCCUGGUACAAGGGAGAACCGGUGACACUGUCUGACAAGCUAGAAGGACUUUUCCAGCAGGUGCUGAAAGACUACAGUGUCACCCCAUCCAGUAAUUUCUCUGCAUUCGCCUCCUUUGGGUUCCACCCAGUCAGCGCCGGCGUCCCUUGGCUGCCUGCAGGGGCUCAAAUAGGCAUCCCGGCGAACUUUAACAGCACACCCGACGACCAUGAUGGUAUCACUAACCGGACUAUUUUCAUAAAUGGUAAAACGGUUGAAUGGGACAGCGAAACUGGGACAGCGCUAAAGGAGUCUUUGGUGCUCUCCCUCCGAGCACAGAAAUUUGCCAUAGCUCGAGAGGUCGCCCGUUCACAGUCGGGCGCACCCAUCCUAAGUGCUGCAGUUGCUCCAUUCUGCCUGAGUGGGGUUUGGGUGUACAGCGUGGUUCUGAAGCAGGUGUUCAACCUUCACGCCGGCCCAUUUUUGUUACGCGGGGUCGUUAACUUGGUAGCGCUAGCACUUGGGGCUGUGUCUUACUUCCUCAUCUCUGACACCGUCACCCAGUGGUCCGAUUACAGCUCGGAUCGACGGGCUGCCGGGGUGUCGUCCGACUAUGCUGAAGGCGGGAUAGAGUUUUACGACAAGAUUCUAUCUAGAAACAAGACACUGCGCACACUCAUGGGACAGAAGGGAGAGGAGAUGUACGCACCCAAUGGGAACUUGUUUCCCGCCAAUAUCAUUCAGCUGAAGCACACACCGUACACCUCCAGGAGGGAUGGCAUAAUCACUCUCAUGAAAAAGGACAAGAUUUAACUCCAGGAGGGAUGGCAUAAUCACUCUCAUGAAAAAGGACAAGAUUUAAGUUUAAGUAACAAAUUUGUUUGAAUUGUUUUUUUUUUUUUUUA